GGAAAAAGACGUCACUUGCCGCGGAAGAGAACGCAGGCGUACAACUCGGUCAAAGUAUAACCAGUAAUGGGGGGCGCGGACAUCCCGUCGCGGACGGAUAUGCCACUUCCUGCUGCAAACAGCCCACCGAAUCUCGAUCGCAUAUAAGCGUCACGUCGCAACCAGUCGAGCUAAUUAGCGUACCACGUACAGAUGCUGACAGCUCUGCCCAGAGUCUUCGACACAAUCAUGAAGACGACGUCGUGUGCCGCUCUGCUCUUCAUCACCUUCAUUGCGCUGGCCGAGUCGAUGCCCUCUUGUCCAGACUGCGUCGAGGUCGACUGCCCCGACGAAGAAGACUGCGACUACGGAGUCACGAGCGACAUGUGCGGCUGCUGCAAGGUCUGCGCCAGUGGGCCUGGUGAAGAGUGCGGUGGCUACUGGAAUCAUGGAGGUACUUGUGCCGAAGGACUCACCUGCAAACCCAACCUGAUGUUUUACCAACUACCUGGACAGUGCGUGUACAACAAGUGAGCACCCAAGCCUUGGUGAAAGCAGCAACAAGAUUCCAGCAUGUAUCCGAUAGUGUAGCAGACACACUUUGUAAUGCUACAUUUGACAGAGAUGGCAUAGCUCGUCGAUAUGCAGGCAGAUAACAUUACUCAAAAUGCAAGAUCUAGUUGCUGUUGAUUGUUUCCAAUUCAUAACAGUUUCACAGAAGUCAAAGAGAACCUGUACGAUUCCGCAGUACUUCCUAUUUUACCAAGUCUCGGGAAGGAGGGGGGGGGGGGGGGACUCUUGUUCAUCAAACAUGUGCGAUACAUUCAUACUGCACACCUAGACUCAGCAUUGGAAAGGGUUGUCUUAUCUUAAAAGUAUUUCACACGCUCGCCUGACUUGGUCAGCAAUGUUCACUUUACCCCGUAUGCAUCGUUUAGAAUUGGCUGCAGUCACAGAACCACAUAACAGCUUGCCACAUUAAUUAUUGGAAUGAAGCUAUGAACAGCAUGCAACUGCUCACAGUCUAGAAGCCUGUAGGCAGAAAUCAAGGCACCUGCUCUUCCCUUUUAUUGUGCUGUGCAUCUCUCUAAUUAUUUGUUAUCUCCUUUUUCAAGGUUUUAUGCAGAAUGCAUUUUUUUUACUAUAAUAGAAACACUUUGUAUCGGUCCUAUCAUACACUUAAGCCUGGAUGUUAGGUAGCUUUUAAGACUCCAAUGGUAAUGAAGCCUUCAGAAACAGCACCUAGAAACCUUAGUUGAAUUGGAGUGUAGCUGCAUUGCUGGCCACUGCAUGCAUGAACCACAGCGUGCAGACACCAAAUGGUGUACUAGUGUUUUUGCUACAAUCGGCAAUACCAUUCUUAAUGUUCAUUAUGCUAAAUUAAGCUGGCCUAUUCAAGGAGGUAGUGCAGCCAGAAACUUGACAGGGGGUAGCAGGGAGCACACACUGACUGGGAAGGGAGGGGCUUGCAAGGUAGCAGAGUUCAUAGAGCUUUCUUUUUUGAGGGGGAGCUGCAAGGUGGUUCAUAUGGUUUUGUUGUUUCUCUCUCUCUCGGCUACACUUGCAAUUCAAGAUACACUAUUUUAUAAAAUUACUAUUCUUUUAAUUUUUUUAACAGCAUGCAAUGACUUGCACCAAACACUUUCAUUGUGAUAUAACAAAAUGGAGUGGCACACAACAGCAAUCAUGUUUCAUAACUAAUUUAUUGCACAUUGUUUCAGCCCAUCAUAACUUAACACUUAUUUAUAUGUAAAUAUACAAUUGCUAGCCAGAAAAUCACAAGCAUAUGCCAGGCACUGGCACACUAUCACUGUAGAACUAAACAAUUUCCAAGCAUGUGAGGCUAAGCUGGAAAGAAGUCAUGUAUAGUGUUUUGCAUGCUACUAGCUUCUUUGAGCAACAGUUGAGUAUUGUGAACACACAUUACCGGUCUCACUGUACAUGCUCAUGCUGUUUCAUACUCUUUUAUUUAUAUACUGGAUGUAACCUUGCAUAUUACUGUAUAUGUGACCUGAACUUGAAUAAAGGUCUGGAGUAAAAACA